AUGGGUUGCAGCAAUACAAGAUUUAAGACAAGAAGCAACCAAAGAGUCUUCAUCAUCAAAGCGAGCCAGCCUCGUAUUGUCGCUGGCUCAGUCGAAAAGAAAAAGCAAGCAAGCUCUGAGAAAGGAUUUGUAAGUGAUAUAAUUAAGCUGCAUUCUGUCGAAGUCAGCUUUGCGAUGAUCGAGAAAAGUCAAGUUCACCAUGGAACUGGAAACUCCUUCGAUGAUGGGCUAAAAAACGUAAAAGCUGGGCAUAAGCCCAGCAAAAGCUUAAUUAAGCGCGAAAGCGACCAAGGCCUUGACUCGGAUACUAUGUCUACAGGCAAAGUUGAAGCGUAA